GGCCUACUGUGUGUUUUUACACAAAGAGGUAGAGAGGCAGAAGUAUUUGUUAUAACUGAGCUAAAAAGGCUCAACCUCAAACACAUUAAAGAAAAGUAGGCCUGAGCAAGGUGAAAGUCUUCUGAGAGUUUGAUUGUUCUUUACAACCAGGACGAAAUAUGACGUCUGAAAUACCAGAGAAUGCAGGAGGAAUGCAAAAAGGAGCAAAAAAGUGUCCCAUAGGGGACAAACAUUUACCUGAGGUGACGCAGAUCUGGAAGGAGUGCCAAGAGGAGAGCUUUUGGUACAGAGCACUUCCACUCUCACUUGGAAGCAUGGCUAUCACUGGUGGUCUAAUCUACAAUGGGGUUUGGAAACGAUCAAAGCGAUUUGGACCAUUCCCUAAACUAGCAUUGGCAGGUCUUGUUGGUUACCUAGUGGGAAAGGCUUCUUACAUGGGAACAUGUAGAGAUAAGUUUCAAAAAAAGCUGGGACCGGAGUUCAGCAAAGGCUUUGGCCCAGGCUGGGGUCCAGGGUUUGGAGGUCAUGGACACAGACACUGCACACAUGUAUGUCAGGAGUGUAAGAAGGCAGAAGGAGCUGGAACGGAGUCUGUAAAACCUACUGAAACCUGAUGAAAAAUUAAUACAAAAUACAAUACUGGCAUCGACCAAAUGUAAUGCAGACACUUGUACAGUGACAUCAGCAGUCUUAUAAUAGCGCACAUACUUUUGUUACUUCAUUUGUAUUGAAAAGGAACUGAAAUAAAGCUUGGUCCUAUAGA